GGAUUGAGGAGCGGCAGCCAAUCCCGAGGAAACAAAAGAGGAAAGCGGGAGGGUGCGGGAGGAAGAAGAGACAAGGAGGCGGAGGAGUGUGGGCCUCCUGGGGGUGUGUGUCCCCCUCCAAUUCCUCCUCCUUCCCCUUCUUGCAGGUGGUGGGAAGGAAGGGCAGCCCGAUGGGGGUCCCAGGAACGGACCCAAAGACACAACAAUGAGUUGAAGGCGAAGCAAAGGCUGGCUCGGGCGCGAAGGCGGCAUGGACCACAACCAGCACCAACCGCAGCAGCAGCAGCAGCAGCAGCAGCAGCAAGGGCCGAGGCGCUGCCCGGGCGGCCGGGAGGCCAAGGGAAGGAGCGCGCGCCGCCGCCGCGCCAAGCCCAGCAGCCAAAGCCAAAGCAGCCGCCUCCGUUCUUCCUCCUCUUCCUCCUUCUGGAGCUGUUGAGGCGGCCGCCUCACUCGCUUCCCCCUAAAGCCUGGGCUGAAGGGGAGGAGGGGAAGGGAGAGAGAGAGAGAGAAGGCGAGCAAGUUGCCCCUUUCCCCUCCCUCCCUCCUUCCCUCCCUCCGGGGGCCAGCGCUUUGAAUAAGCCUCCCUUCCCGGCCUCUGCUUCAGCGAGAAGAAAGGGGGCCGCCUUACCGUCGGCUUCUGCUCGGUGCCUUCCCCCCCCCCUCCCCCUCUCUCCUGUCUGUCUCUCUCUCCUGCGAGAGGGUCUCCCUUUCUCCUCAGGGGCUGCCUCGGGACUAGCCUUGCUCGCCUCAGUCCCCCCAGAGAAGAAAGGGCUCCUCCUCCCCGUCGAGGGUGGCUGGGUUAAGGGAGGGAAGGCGGCUGCUCCUUGGUCCCUUCCCUCUUGCCCUUCCUUUCUGAGGGGAAAGGCGAGGGAGCGGGUUGCCCCUUUCCCCUUUCCUUGGCUUUCUCCCCUUCCCUUCCCCGUUUGGAGUCGCCUCUCCCGGGUGUUAGCCUCGCUCGCCUCAGCUCCGGGGGAGAGGGUUGCUGGGCCAGCGAGGGAAGGCGGCGUCUCCUGGGUCCCUUCCCUCUUGCUGUGUCUUUCUGAGGGGAAGGCGAGCGGGUUGCCCCUUUCUUUCCUCUCCUCAGCGCCGCGAAGCCAGGGGACCUCCUUCCCGUCGGGGUCGGGGGAGGAGGGAAGGCGGCUUCUCCUUGGGUCCCUAGUCCCUCCCUCUCUCCCUCCCUCUCUGUGUCUUCCCUCUUCCUUCCUUCCUUCCUUCCUUCCUUGGCGGGGAGGGCGGGGAGGGGAGGCCGAGGGGAAGGCAGCCGCUGCCGGCUCUCGCUGCUGCUGGGCGCCGGGCGGCCGAGCCAUGCGCGAGUACAAAGUGGUGGUGCUGGGCUCGGGCGGCGUGGGCAAGUCGGCGCUGACCGUCCAGUUCGUGACGGGCUCCUUCAUCGAGAAGUACGACCCCACCAUCGAGGACUUCUACCGCAAGGAGAUCGAGGUGGACUCCUCGCCUUCGGUGCUGGAGAUCCUGGACACGGCCGGCACGGAGCAGUUCGCCUCCAUGCGGGACUUGUACAUCAAGAACGGGCAGGGCUUCAUCCUGGUCUACAGCCUGGUCAACCAGCAGAGCUUCCAGGACAUCAAGCCCAUGCGGGACCAGAUCAUCCGGGUGAAGCGGUACGAGAAGGUGCCCAUGAUCCUGGUGGGCAACAAGGUGGACCUGGAAGGCGAGCGGGAGGUCUCCUUCGGGGAAGGCAAGGCCCUGGCCGAGGAGUGGAGCUGCCCCUUCAUGGAGACCUCGGCCAAGAACAAAGCCUCGGUGGACGAACUCUUUGCCGAGAUCGUCCGGCAGAUGAACUACGCCUCCCAGCCCAACGGGGACGACCAAUGCUGCUCUUCCUGUGUCAUCCUCUGAAAGGAAGGGUCGGAAGGGGGGAAGAGGGAGAGCACAACGGUGGAGAUCCAGGCGGCGUCUCUGUGUGUUUCCCACCCCCCUCCCCUUGUUCGUUUUGUAUUUUUUUAAAACAUAAUCUUGAAAUAACAAGGUUGAUGAUGACAGCAGCAGCGCCGAGGCACAGAACAGGCAUCCUCCGCGGCAGCUUUUGAAAUCAUCAUCAUCAUAAUGUUGCAUUACAGCCCCGGAUCCCUGCCAGGGCCCAUGGGUUGUGAUGCUGCUCGGUGUCCUGGUUGUAACUUCUGUCUUAUUGACAUCUGGUCGAAAUGACAGAGGAGUGGCUGGAAACAACAAAACUCACCCACCCUCCCACACAUACAAAAAGCCUUCUUGGAAAUGUGGCUCUUUAGCCAUGUACAUGCCAUGGAUUUGAUGGUUGCUUACUUCUCCUUCCUCUUGGCCAAGCAAGGACUCCUCAACUGGCAACCGAUUGCCGGUAGAAAAAGUUCCUGUGUGUGCUCCUUUGCAGCAGAAGGUGGGGAUGGGGAGAGGAUUUAGCUCUAUGAUUCUACGAUUCUAUUGCUUUAGAAUUGGAAGGAAAACAACAACACACACCAAACCUCUGUGUGUCCUUGUGUGUGUGUGUGUGUGUAUGUGAAGGGAAUUGGCAAAAGAAGAAUGUGUCUACUUGCGGAGGUACUCCAGAUCCUCCCUGUGAAUUUUGCCAGUGACUAGCACACAUUUUGUGGUCUGAGGAUUUCUAUGCAAAGUUGGAAUAUCAGUUAACAAUGCCUACUUUCCCAUCUGAAGAAGAAGCCUUGCACUGUGUGCUGCCUGGGACUUUUUUUUAAUAACAUUGAUGCCAAGACGGUGUGCGAGGUGCCAGAAAAGGGUGUGCUGAAUUACUUGUGGGGGAAAAAAACACUUCUAUUUUGUUUACCUGCUGUAUUGAAAGGGAGGGAAUGGAGAGCAUUUAUUUGUGUGUGCGUGUGUGGUUUUUUAUAUAAAAAAAUCAGCUGUGAAAACAUUACAGAUCUGCACAUUUUUUUAAGCUGUGUGUCUUUUUGGGAGAGGGCUGGGUUGGGGUGAUGGUUGGUUCCAGGGCUCAUCCAUGCUGCACAGUUAAAGCACUUUGAUUCCACUUUAACUGCCAUGGCUCUGUCUUGCAGAAUUGCGGAAUUUUUAGAAUGGUAAGGGUUAAAAUUUUCUAGUGCAGUGGUUCCCAACCUUUGGUCCUCCAUUUGUUUUUGGACUUGAGAUCUCAUAAGCCCCAGCCAACUUUGCCAACAGUCAAGAACUAUGGGAGCUGAAGUCCAAACCAUCUGGAGGACCAAAAGUUGGGGGCCAAUGCUUUGGUGCAUUCUCUUGAGCAAUAGCAUUAGUGGUCUCUGGAAGAGAAUUCUAAGUAUCUCAAAACUACAAAUCCCAGGGUUCAGUAGAGUGGAACAAGAAGAAGUAAAGUGGUAUGAAACUGAUAUACUUGUGUACUGCAGAUAUACCCUAAUUGCAAUUGAGUUGGGUGUUGGGAUGGCAUUAAUUGAAUUUGACAGUUAACUCUCUAAAAUACAAAGCCUUCCUGAUACAGGGCCCAACAACUACUUCGUUUGUAGAGUGCCUUCAAAACAGCUGUUGCAGCUAGUGCCAACCUGUGGAAGUCCCAAGAAUCCCAUUAGCUACUAAAACAUUUUUUU